AUGUUAAAAGCUCCACCAAAGAGGGAAAACCAACUUACUCGCGACCUUCCGCUUGACAAAAGUCAACGAGAUCUCGCAGCCGCCCCUAAUAAUAAGGAAGUUGCGGAGGAGGAGGAGGAUGAAGACAAUGCUUCUGCUCUGCCGUCAUCGUCAUCCUCCGACGUGGAUGAACUGGACUCGAUCCCACAGGGGACGUACUGCAUUUGGAUGCCGAAAUCAGCGGUGGCACAAGACGCUCGCAGGAAGUGCAAGAUUAAGAGCAAGUUGACCGGAACGUCAUCGUCUAGGCGGUGGAGCAUAAAGGAUUUUUGGGAGGGAAUGCAUUCCUACGUUGGCUUGGUCGUUUUACAGGAGGAUACUCACCUAAAAAUACGGUUUUGUCCCUCGAUUUCAAGGAAUAAUACAGAGACUUUGACGGAUAGACCAUCUUGGUACAAAAUAAAAAGUUUUAAGGACGUUUGA